AUGUCAACACGGCGACCACCUCCAGCAUAUACUGCUCCUCCCGAAUCGACGGUCCACGCUUCUUCUCCUGUGUACAGAGCUGUCUCUGCCACGGCAUCUGAAUCAUCUGCCCGCGUGCUUGAGACUUCGUUCACUAUUCGUCCUUGCUCCGGUCAAGCAUGGACUGUUCGUGCCGGACAAAUCUGCCGCAUCACGACUCCUCGUGGACCACAGGUUGGUGACCUGAAUAUCUGGAACGCAAAUAACCCACGCGAGAGAUUGUGGGCAGCACGAACUCGUCAGAUCCACGCUUCCCAUGUGUCAGUGGGUGACCGACUGUGGUCUAAUUUGCCCUACCUGCGGCCUCUGGUCACAAUCACAGGGGACUCUCUAGGUGGAGGACAACUCCAUGAGGUCUUAGAUGCGGAUGGGAAACGGAAGAAGGGCGUUGGAUUUGGAACAUCCCAAUGGGGAGGCCGCGUGCAUGAUCUGAUGGGAACGCGGUGCGAUCCAUACGUCAACCUUCUCAUGGGCGGAGAGAGCUUCGAUUUCCACUGUCAUUCCAACCUGACGCGAGCGGUGACACCAUUUGGUCUGACCGAAUUGGACGUGCAUGAUGUUCUGAAUGUCUUCCAGGUGACUGGUCUGGACGAGGAAGGAAAGUACUUUAUGGAGACAUGUCCAGCCAAGCCAGGCGAGUACUUUGAGUUCUUCGCCGAGGUUGACGUGCUGUGUGCGCUGUCUGCCUGUCCUGGAGGCGAUCUUUCAGCGUGGGGCUGGGAAGACAAAGCAGGUGGUGACAUGGCAGCCACGACACGCCCACUUGGUGUGGAGGUGUAUACAUUGGCUGAUUCGAGUCUCCUCAAUGGCUGGAAACAGCCGGAGUGUCCCAAGUAUACCGGUAUGCAUGGCAUGAGAAUGCCUGAGAGAAAAGAUGCAGAGGGUUGCAACUUCUCCGGAGUGUGA